UGCAGAGAGAAUAACAAGAGCGAGCCUCCUGCCACAGGAACCAGUACUACUGAGUGGACUGCAGCCCGCAGAGAAACAUGUCCUCAGAAACCUCAGCCACGUUCUCCGUUCUCCUGCUUAUCAUCUCUUUGACAGUGGCCCAGGACUGCUCCCAGCCCUGUGCCUGCCCCGCGGAGCCCCCGCUCUGCCCGUUGGGGACCAGCUUGGUCCUGGAUGAUUGCGGCUGCUGUAAGGUGUGCGCCAGGCAGCUGGGUGAGCCCUGCUCCCUGCUGGAGCCCUGCGACCAUCACAAGGAGCUGUACUGUGACUACGCUCUGCUGAGUGACACUGAGACUGGCAUCUGCAUGGCUCAGGACGGUCAGACAUGCGACCUCGGCGGGGUGAUCUACCGCAGCGGGGAGUCCUUCCAGCCCAGCUGUAAGCACCACUGUGUGUGCAUGAACGGAGAGAUCGGCUGUGUGCCAAUGUGUGCCAGCGACAUCCGGCUUCCUUCCCCUGACUGCCCCUACCCACGGCGAAUCCAGAUCCCUGGGAAAUGCUGUGAGGAGUGGGUGUGUGAGCAGACACCUCGGGACCACCACUACCAGUCGGUGGUUGCCGGAGCCUCUCAGAUUCACCCCUUGCCCUCUUCAAGUCCUGUCUCAGUCUUCAGACAGGCGUCUCCCCACGGGCCGCUAAGGGAGAGUCCCAAAGAUAAUUGUAUAGUCCAGACUACAGAGUGGAGUGAGUGCUCAGCCACCUGUGGCAUGGCCAUCUCAUCCCGUAUCACCAACGACAACCAGCGCUGCCAGCUGGAGAGACAGACCAGGAUCUGCAUGGUCCGACCCUGCAACAGCCAACAGGAGAAAGAAAUCAAGAAGGGGAAGAAAUGUAUUCGGACUCCAAAGGCCCAGCGUGGGAUGCGCUUUGAGCUGUCGGGCUGCUCCAGCACCAGGCUGUACAAACCGAAGUUCUGCGGUGUCUGCACGGACAAUCGCUGCUGCACGCCUCACACCACGAUCACAGCCGAGGUGGAGUUCCACUGCCCAGAUGGAGACGUCUUCACAAAGAAGAUGAUGUUCAUCAAGACCUGCUCCUGCCACCAUGACUGUCCUCAAGAUAACGACAUCUUCCUGGCGUCAAACACUCGGAGGAUGAUUGGGGACUAUGAGAAUGAUAUGUGACGGCAUAUGUAUUAAUCAGGACUGCACCUUUUAUUUCAACCAACCCCACCCUCUACCCUUACAACCACAUGCCUAACUGUAAUCUAGUCUUAAAGCAAUAAGUCACUAAGUCAUUCCUUCUUCUCAAAGAGACAACAGCAGUUUCUUGCUGAAUUGUUGGUUUGCUUUACGGCAGCUGUAUAGAUGAUCACCCCAAUGUUGAGGUGAGGUGAUUCAACUGGAAGAAGAACCUUUAAAAUGACCCCAGUCCUGCCAAGAUUUACAACAGCUGGAAUCAGGAGGAAGUUGAUUCUUUGUAAAAACAACACCGACACAACUACAAACAAUAUAGUCCCAGCCUCAGAAUUAGAAAAAAACAAAAAGAAUUCAGCUGUUCAAGUUUCGAGAUGAAAGAUAGAAAGAAAUAUUUCCUUUGAUUUAGUUUAGCCUUUGUUUAAUUGAUGUUAAGAUGCAGCUCCAAUGGCCGCCCAGACCUUCUGACCAGUCUGCCAGUAAAGGUACUCAUGCAAUUUGGUGGACAAACACACUGACAAAGAAGUAUGGAAGCAGACCAGAUCAGACUCUCUGCAUCAAAAUGUUAUAUUUAAUAUAACAAUUAUAGAGGGAUGGGUCAGACCUCUGAAAAGAUUACCAUAUGCAAAGAUAAAUAUGUGUUCACUAACAGCAGACCAGGACGCAGUGCAGCCAUUUUGUAUGUUAUUCUAUUGCAUAGGACUCAGCAUGUUGAGUAAGUGGACAGAAAGAAAGUAGAUAGAACGACGGUGACAUUGUGACGUAAGUCGUGAUCUCAAGACAAGAAAAAAAAAUAGCACUGUGGGACAAAAGUCUCAAAGGAUGAAUAGGACACUUCAACAAGGCUAUUGAAAUAACUACAUAAAGUGGGACUUUAAGUUAAGACAACAUGGCCACUCUCUACCUGUACAGACAUUAGCUAGGUUUGCUAGCUUUUUUAAAAUACCACAACACAUUUAGUCUUUCUUUAGUCUGUUGGGACACAGAUGUGCGUCCUCAGAGGCUGGAGGUUGAUUGCUAUCUGCUGAUUGGUUCUAGUUCAGUGUCCUUUGUCUUUCCCAUUCUGACGGUAUGGUCCAAAGACCAGUGAAAAACGUAACACGGCUAAAAUUGCUGUUACUUCUAUUUACUGUAUAUUUAAAAAAAAAAAAAAAAAGAAAAGACGAAUGGACAAAUUUAGCAUUUGG